AUGUCCACACUUCCAUAUGGACCAUGGCUAGAAGUUAGCGUUGAUUUCGUUGAUCUCGCAAAAGUAGAAUACCUACUUGUUAUUACUGAUGACUACAGUCGCUUCCCUGAAGUUGAAGUUAGCAGUUCAACCUCAGCCAGAGCAGUGAUUCCGCGAUUAGAUCGCAUAUUCUCACUACUUGGUACACCGUUGAUUGCACACACAGAUAAUGGACCACAAUUCAACGGAACAGAGUUUGAAUCCUUUGCUAAUUAUUUGGGAUUCAAACAUCGCAAAAUAACUCCAAGAUGGCUCAGAGUCAACGGUGAAGUUGAACGAUUCACGAAGACUAUCAAAAAAGUCUACUGA